GUGUUGAAUCUCGAUGCAAAAAAACAUGCCGCUUCGCGUCACGCGAGCGCAUUCAAACAGGAGCGCGUGUGUUCCCCUCGCGUUUUUUACUGUUGCAUCGAUAAUAACAGCAGCACACUGACCUGAAGACAGCAGCGUGCAGACAAACGCGAGCGGAGGAAUAUCAACAGCGUUUAUUUACGCUAACACUUGUUGUCCUGUUCGGUUUUUAGCGGUUUUUAACAGUUGACUCGUAAGCAAGAGAACACGUGCGUGCGCGCGCCUCUCGCUACUUUUUAUCCGCGGAGACAAAACGAUUGUUUUGAUUUCCUCAAACUUGGACUCGUCUCUCCCAAACAAACACGGACAUCAACUGAAAGUUUCCCCUCAGGGAUGAGACCUGGUAUGGCCGUUGCUGAACGCCAAGCAGAAAUCAUCUGAAACCAAGAAGAAAUCGGUAUUAAGUCAUGAUGCAGGAGUCGGCCAAUGAGACAAUAAGCAACAGUUCAAUGAGUCAAAAUGGAAUGAGCUGCCUAACCAGCCAAUUAGAUGCUGGCGUUAGAGAUGGAAGAUCAAGUGGGGAGACAAGCAGUGAAGUAAGCGCAGUCGAACUGAUGCAUCUGCAACAACAGCAGGCCCUACAAGCAGCAAGGCAAUUACUCCUACAGCAACCAGGCAGUGGCUUGAAGUCUCCAAAGAACAACGAUAAACAGCGUCCGUUGCAGGUGCCAGUAUCUGUGGCAAUGAUGAGUCCACAGGUGAUCACGCCUCAACAGAUGCAGCAGAUCCUUCAACAGCAAGUCCUUUCCCCACAGCAGCUCCAAGCACUCCUACAGCAACAACAGGCCGUCAUGCUUCAGCAGUUGUUUUUCUGUCCGCAGCAACACCUGCAGGAGUUCUACAAGAAACAACAGGAACAACUUCAUCUACAGCUUUUGCAGCAACAGCACCCGGGCAAACAAGUGAAAGAGCAACAGCAGCAGCAGCAACAACAGCAGCAGUUGGCAGCGCAGCAGCUGGUUUUUCAGCAGCAGCUCCUGCAAAUGCAGCAACUGCAGCAGCAGCAACACCUGCUCAACAUGCAGCGGCAGGGCCUCCUGUCUAUGCCCCCCGGCCCAGGACAGCCUUCCCUCCCCGGACAGACCCUCCCACCAGCUGGCCUGAGCCCCGCCGAACUCCAGCAACUUUGGAAAGACGUGACUGGCAGCCACACCAUGGAGGACAACGGAAUGAAGCACAGUGGCCUGGACCUCACCACCACCAACUCAUCCUCCACUACCUCCAUCAGUAACCCCAAAGCUUCUCCACCUCUCACUCAUCACAGCAUCUCCAACGGCCAGUCCCCGGCUCUCAACAACCGGAGAGAGAGUGUAGUGCAUGAAGAGACUGGGGCAUCACACUCGCUCUAUGGUCAUGGAGUGUGCAAGUGGCCAGGAUGUGAAAGUAUCUGUGAUGACUUUGGACAGUUUUUGAAGCACCUUAACAACGAACACGCUUUGGAUGACAGGAGCACUGCCCAGUGCCGGGUUCAAAUGCAAGUGGUGCAGCAGCUAGAGAUACAGCUUUCUAAAGAACGUGAACGUCUUCAGGCCAUGAUGGCGCACUUACACAUGAGACCCUCAGAGCCCAAACCAUCACCAAAACCACUGAAUCUCGUCUCCAGUGUAACCAUGUCAAAGAACCUUCCUUCUGUCUCGCCUCCCAUCUUACCUCAGACGCCCACCACGCCCACAGCUCCCGUCACGCCUCUUUCUCAGAUGCCACAGGUUCCCUCCGUCCUCAGUCCCGCCAACGUACCCAGCAUGGGCGCCAUGCGCAGACGUCACACUGACAAAUACUCCAUGGCAUUAUCUUCAGAGAUAGCCCCAAACUACGAGUUUUACAAGAACGCAGACGUCAGACCUCCGUUUACUUAUGCAACCCUCAUCAGGCAGGCCAUCAUGGAGUCGUCCGACAUGCAGCUGACGCUCAACGAAAUCUACAGCUGGUUCACACGCACGUUCGCCUACUUCAGACGCAACGCAGCCACCUGGAAGAAUGCAGUUCGACACAACCUCAGUCUUCACAAGUGUUUCGUACGGGUGGAGAACGUCAAGGGCGCCGUGUGGACCGUGGACGAAAUGGAAUAUCAGAAGCGCAGAUCUCAAAAGAUCACAGGGUACAUAGACCCACACACACACACACAUCUUUAUAUUUACAGUAAAAGCUGUACUGUUGCUAAUGCACUGAUUCAUUUUGUUGUGUUCAGGAGCCCGACACUGGUGAAAAAUCUGCCGUCCAGUCUUGGUUACGGGGCGGCUCUCAACGCAAGCUUACAGGCAGCAUUGGCGGAGACCUCUUUGCCAUUAUUGGGUAAUCCAGGAUUGAUGAACAGCAGCGCGUCAGGUUUGAUGGGAGCCAGCCCACCAGGACUUAUGAGUGGCAGUCCAACCAGCCUAUUUCACGGCACCACACACGAAGAGCUCAACGGCUCACUCGAUCACCUGGACACCAAUGGACACAGCAGCCCUGGCUACUCCCCGCACACCCAUCUGCCUCCAAUUCACGUCAAGGAGGAGCCGCUCAACAUGGACGACGACGACUGUCCGAUGUCAUUGGUGACUACGGCCAAUCACAGUCCUGAGCUGGACGAGGACAGGGAGCUGGAGGAGGGCAACCUAUCGGAUGACCUGGAAUGACUAUUUUGCCCCACCCCUCCGCUGGGGCUCCGCCUCUUUCAGGCCCUGCCCUUCAACUAACCCGCAACCACAGAAAAGACUUGGAAUCAGAUGGGGGAGUAUUUAUUUCGCAUGCAUCUGGAGACUGGCCCGAAGAAAAUCUAUACUGCAGAUCUUUAGGGACCACAGAUGGACAGACAUGAAACGUCUGCUUUUUAAAACAAAAUAAAGGAAACAACAAAGGACAAGGUUUCAUUCGAAUCGGCUCGGCCACCUCACACAACGAAACACACACGGCUCAUGGACCGAAAAGACGCGAGUACAGGAGCGGGGUCCGUUCUGUAGAAAGCUAACGGCCACAUAUACUGCCAAAAAAUACGUUUUGAGUUUGUGAAUAUCCAAGCCACAGUAGAUGUCGAUGUUAGAUGCAAUUGCUGGUUCAAUUCAAGUUGUUGCUCUGUUAUUUUUUUGCACAUGAGUAGUAUCAAAAAUUUGUGUCACUGCCUGUAUGUCAACGAAAGUCUAAAAAGGAGAAAAAGCAGUAUUGGUUUUUAUUUUCUGUUUGUUUUUUUCUGUUUGCAACCCAGCUUACAUUCGUUUUAAGUCAUCUCUGCACCACCACCAACUGUAAAUGGCAUUUCUUAACUCACGUCAGUAACACAACCAUGGUACAAAGACUGUUCCAAAAAAGUAGGUCUCCAGUCUCACUAGCUCUGUUUCUGCUGAAAAGUGUAACGUGAUUUUGUGCGAGCACAAAAGAAAAAGAAAAUGAUGCGUUUCUGCAUAUCUAUACUCGUUUUGAAGCUUUGUCUACCUGCAAACAGUCACAGGCAACAGCUAGAAACCAAAGCCAACACUAUCAACGGCCAAUAGCUUAGACAGAAGCCCCGAGACUUUUUGGUCAGGCCUCUGUGACUUUAACUAGUACAAAGAGAAGCUUUUUUCCACUAACUACCUUCGAAUAACCUCUGGGAUCGUCUCCUUUAGCCCUGUACAAAGAUAAAAUGAUGUAAUUUGAUUGACAGAUGGAGAGCUCUAUCCUUAUGAUGCUGGUCAACCCUGUUGACUACUGGGUAGAAAGAGCAGCUAUAAACAGUUCAUGACCAAAAUAACCAUUUGUGUAUCAGUGGAAAUGCAGAUAAAAAAAACAAAUGUUGUGAAUUUUUCAUUUCCUAAUGUUAUUUUGACUUUUUUGUAUCACUUUGUUGUUGUUGUUGUGGUUGUUGUUUUUAUUUACGUAACCCACCUUAUCAUUGUUUUCCUAGUGAAAUCGUAACGUGUCACGUUUUAAAUCCGUCAUUUCUUCAGAGCCGAAACCGAAAAUAUCCUAACCAAACUUUAAAGAUAUCUAGUGAAGCCAAAAAGGUCAUAAUUUCAAGUCGAUAUGAAACGAUGUGGCUUGGUUCUAUCGUAAAAGCAAAUAAGAGAGCCAUUACGGAGGAGAAAUCCUUUACUAGCUGUAUAGACACAGCUACAGUAGGGUUGGUAUAAUGGGAAGGUUUGAGGUUCAACCAAUGGUGUACAAGGAAAGUGAUCAGUCGCUUUAAUUUCAACAUUGCUGAAGCGGUUGUUGCUUUAAUAGGCGUCUCUCUUUUUAGUCAAACCAAAGUUACACAGACUUCUGCCUCUUGUAUCGGAUGGAGAUGAAAAUGACACAAAGCAUCUCUUUCUUUAUAUCUCUGUCUGCUGUCUUUAUUUUCUGGUGCAGAAAGCCCAUCUGAAACUGGUAACUGCUUUGUAUUGUAACUGGUAAUGUUACGGUUUGUCGUCUUAUGUGCGUGGAAACUUACAGUACUGUGCAGAUGUUCCAGUUUUUGCCAAACCAGAGGGUUGGCUGCUAUCUUAACACACACAAACACACACAAGUAAGGUAUACACUCGAGACCCAGGAACAAAGCUUAUUUCUUAUCCUCAGCAAAUCGACUUGAAGAUGACGUUCAUAAUAAUUUUAUCGCACCAAAUAUAAGGCCGCGGCGUCUUUGCUAAAGAAGAUACAAUAAAGGGUUCUCCCACUUAUCCCAAAAAGGCUUUUUAAAAGGUUCUACCUCUUCACAACAUUUUCUGAACAAAAAAUGCCAUUUUCCGCUUGAGACAUCGCCAACAGCCAGUUUACAUUCCCAUGGGCAGAUAUAUGGAAGGUUUGCAUUGAAAUAGUUUGUCCUCAAAUCAUUUGUAGAAUGAAUAUGUAAAAAAAUACCUGUAAGGGAAUAUUGUGUUAUUAAAAAUGCAUGUCUAAAUUCAUUUGGUGGACUGGAAAUAAGAAUUAAUAAACUCAUAUAAUUCAAACACGGGAUGAUACAGUGCAUAAAGUGUGCAUACCUCAGCUAUACUGUUUUUUUUGGGGGGGGGAGGGGUGAUGAUGAUGAUGAUGGACAAAAGAAACUCUCAGCCACAGAAUGCAUAUUACCUGUAGAGUUUGCAUGGGUUUUGUAAAAACAUUUUAAAAAUGUCUAAAAUAGUUGCUUGCACAUAAUACCAGAAGAAAACCUCCAGAUGGGCAAUCUCCUCCAAUAGAUUUUAGGAUUGUCUGGACUUUUUCUGGGAUGAUUUUGUCUGUAUUUUGAUAAUUGUGCAUAUUAUGUAAAAAUCUCAAAACAAAAAAAAAUGUUGGUGGACCCAUGAAUUUACCAGGCAUUUUUUUCUAAGCUAAAAAGAUCAGUGUUUUUUUCUGGAUUUCAUGAAUUUUUACUGUUCUCUCAUUGCUUGCUAAGAAUAGCAAACCUGCUUUUUCCUGCAUCUGCGUUGCGUAGCUGUAAGGCUUUUUCCUAAUGUGUGUAUUUAUUGCUUGUACCUCUGUGCAUACGUUCUGAAGCAUUACGUCUAGCGGUUGAGUCAUGUAUCCUUUACUACUAUCAUUCUCUGGGAAUAUGAUCCCUUAUGUAUACAGUAAAUUGGGACUGUAGCAAAAAUAUGUUUAUGUAAUUGGUGAAAACAUUUUCCUUGUUUUUCCUUUGGUUUCCUUUCCGAUCGAGACUCAUUUUUUUUUAUACUUUUCAUUACCGUGUACUGUGUCCAUAUGUUAAUGAUUUCUGCGAGAGUAGAGGUCACGAUUCAGAACUGUAACGGGCGUUAAUUUCUGUAUCCAUGGCUUUUCACUGCUGAAUAAAA